AUGUACAGGGGCAAGGUGGUGUAUAGCAUCUUGAGCCUUCUAGGAGUGGCGACACUACUGCCCUGGAACGUGUUCAUCACUGAGAAUGAGUACUUUGAUGUGCGCGUGCACAUCAAGCCCACCUAUCCCAGUGUGGCAGACAACUUCGAGUCCUCCAUCGUCCUCACCUUCCAGUUUGUGAACUUUCUUGCGCUAUCAGCGCUGGUGCCUCUGCAGCGCUUCAUUCCCCUGCACCAGCAGAUACUCCUGCCCCUCGGCCUCACCUUUGCAGUACUCCUUCUGGCCGCCAUCGUGGCCCUCUGGAUAUCCGCCUCGGGUGCGGCUGUGAUUCUUACCAUGCUGCCGAGCGUUGCUCUCAUGGGGAUGACCACUGCACUGCUCCAAGGCGGCCUAUUCGGGCUGGCUGGCCUCUGCCCUCCCAUCUAUGUGCAGCACGGGGAGGUACGCCGCCCGGCUGACGUGGCAGGGGCGGCUUUUGCCUAUUUUGGCCUGUCAGCCGCCGUUGUGGCGGCCUCGGUGGCCGGCUACUGGUGGCUCCAGCGGCUGCCCUUCUGGCACUACUACACCAGGACGGCCGAUGGUAGGGAAGGUGCGCUCAGGGAAGGUGACGAACUGCCGCUGCUGAGGGUUGGGGCUCGGGGUUCUGCAAUGGGUGCCGCCAAGGCGACAGAGGGCGUUCCUGACACACUUGUGGGCCAAAGCAGAAGGUUGGAAACCCAGCUUUGUGCAUCUUCUAUGAAGAGAAGUUGCCAGUGGAUUGACAUAUCUUGGUUUCUGUGGCACGCGCUUGUUUUGGCGCUGGACUUUGCAUUCACCAUCGCAGUCUUCCCAAGCGUGACGUCUGCGAUUUGUUCUGUGCACAAUCCGGCGCAGCGGCCGCCCUGCUUCCCACACGCGCCUUCUGGCCGCUUGGCAGGGGACCUGUGGACCCCCAUGUUGUUUCUGCUGUUCAACGGGGGGGACCUGGGGGGCCGCCUGCUGGCCGGCAUUGGAGAUCAGCAGCACCGGGCGCCGGCUGCGGGGACGCUGGUUACGUACGCGGUUAGUCGCGUUGUGUUAGUCAUCGGCCUCCUGCUGUGCCACGUCGUCACUCCCCACCCCUGGCGCCUGCCGGAGCUCUUCAGGUCAGCUUCUUUCCAAGAUCGUGCUAAGUCUUCCCAUGAUAUGCAAAUUUGUUGCUUUUCCUCGUUUGGAGAGCUGCUUUGGCCGGAGAUAUUGGCAUUAUUCUAG